UGUCAGCUCGUCACUGGUCGAACUAGAUUUCAUCCGUUCAUUUAUGUAAAACCUUUAUUUAUUCAUUUAUUUAUUUGUCUUCAGAUGUAGUUAUUAUUAUUGUUUUUUAGUUUGAUUGAUAAUCAGAUAAUUGAAAACUUAAUAUUUUAGGUGACUCCUUUAUGAAUACAUAUCCUUUUCUCAGGUCUUUAUUUAUUUCAUUUUUUAAAGUAUUUUUGAAGAAUGAGGCCUAUAAGUGUGACUUUCACCAUUGGAUUGAUUUUUGGAUAUUUGUCUCUUCGCUUGCUGCUGACCUCCAUGUUUCCAAUAGAGCUGGUCUCAGACUCAGUGAAGAAUGAAAAAAAUCAACUUCAUGCUUACAACAUACAAAGAGAGGCAAGUCAAAAAUCCAGCUCUGCAGAGAAUCCCCCUAACUCGGCACGGAUCUUGUGUUGGAUUAUGACGGGACCCAGGAACCUGGAAUCACGGACCAAACAUGUCAAGCAAACAUGGGGCAAGCAUUGCCACCACAUUCUGUACAUGAGUUCAGUGAAGACAGACUUCCCAACUGUGGAGCUGAACGUGAGUGAAGGGAGGGAAAACCUGUACUGGAAGACCAUCAGAGCACUCCAGUACAUCCACCAGCACCAUCAGGACCAAGCCAACUGGUUCCUGAAAGCCGAUGAUGAUACGUUUGUGGUCAUAGAGAACCUGCAGUACAUCUUAUCCAAGCUUGACCCAGAAAAACCUUUGUACCUUGGUCGAAGGUUUAAGCCUUUCAUCAGCCAAGGCUACAUGAGUGGAGGAGCAGGUUACGUCCUGAGCAAAGAAGCACUGAGGAGAUUCGUCGAAGGGUUUCAAACAGGACAGUGUACUCACUUCUCCACAAUAGAAGACAUGGCUCUGGGGAAAUGUAUGGAGACGAUGAAGGUGGAGCCAGUGGACACCAGGGACGUGAAGGGCAGGCAAACAUUCCACGCUUUUCCUCUAGACCAUUACGUCAUACGACAACUACCAAGACCUCGGCCGUGGCAUAUGAUCUACGACUACUAUGAGCCAAAUGAGGGUCCAAACUGCUGCUCAGAUUUUAUUGUAUCUUUUCACUACAUUUAUGCUGUUCAGCAGUAUGUGCUGGAGUAUUUUACCUACCAUCUGCGACCCUAUGGAUACUCAUAUAGAUUCUGGCCUGAUGAAAUAGUGGAAGCAAACAACAAAACCAAUAAAGGAGGAUGAGAAGAUGAGUGGAAUGGGAAAGGAUCAAGAAGAGGGGUGAAGUGGAUGAGUGGGGAGGAAAGGGCUUGGGGAGGGGGGAUGUGGAUUAUUAUGAAAAAGGUCCAGAAGCCACGUUAAUGAGUGUGAAGAGGGAUGACUUGAAGCACUGGGAUGACACAGAAGAAGAGUUGGGGAGGACAGAGAAAACAGUAAAGGAUAGAUAAGAAGAAAGAAGAUGAGAACGAGAGCAGACAGGUUUCUGCCGUAGACAGGUGUGGCUACAAUCUGGACAUUCUUCUGAGCCUGAGAUAAUACCUUGAUGUCAUUUAGUGAAAGAUUAAUGGAGGAAUAAUUAGAUUUCCAACCCACCCUUCUGGUAAACUACAGCAAUGUUUCAUAGCUUCCAGGACAAGUAGGGAAGCAGAUCAAGUCAUCUCAGUCCUGAGCUGUCACGUCUCAUUGUUCGUUUAAAAGCCGUAGCAACAAAACGUCCUGGAGGUAAUUCUAUAGCAAACAUCCCUUUUGAUCCUGGGAUCUUUAUGCUUCACUUAUGACCAAAGAACGUUGCUAUAUAUUCUUCUAAUAUCCAGGGAGACGAUCACGGUCACCUGAAGUCCGACCUACCAAAUACAAUCAAAGGACACAAAAAAUUUAACACAUAAUGGAAAAUUAAACUUCUCAACUGCAACAGAAAGAUCAGAACUAUGAAGGACGGUGCAAACCUAUUGCGACUUCUCUUAACGGAAGUGCAUUGUUUUUAUUUUUAUUCUGUUCGGUUCCCUGUCUUGCUUUUACCAGUGUGAUGGUAAAUGGAAAUUUUGCCAUUCUAGGCCUGUUAUUAAUAUCAGGAAAAAAGUUUGUAUGUAAAUUGCCUCUAUUUUCAUCUGCAAUAAAGUAAAACAACAUAAAAA